AUGCCGGGCCUCAUUCCGUUCUUGCCCACGCCGCCGCUGCCGCAGUCGAAUCGAUCCGCCCCUUCAACCUUCAGAGCUCGACCGGUGAAUAACCUCAGUGCAGACAGGGGUGCUGCGCGAGGCAGCAGUAGUCAGGCACCCAUUGAGCUCGACAGUGAUUCGGAGCCCACUGAAGCUUCAGGGACCCAAACCGCCACCAACACCACGUCGACAACUAGACUUUCGCAAACUCAAGGACAACCACAAAACUCCGAGCCCUUCUUCAGAGACUGGACCAGCUUGGCCGUCGACUCUACACAACAACGCCUUCCGGCUCUGCCUUCUUUUUCAGAUUUCACCGCCGACCUGGAUUUCGACUACCUCAACGCGGUUUUCGGCGCCAACCCCCCGCAUACACCCGCGCGCGAGCCAGACAGCGACGACUUCCUUUCUCAGCUGAUCGACGGCGAUUUCUCCUCGCCAUCCUCCUACCCGCAGUCGGCCCAGCCACCUUCGGUCAACAGACAAACGAGCAGCUCGAGGUCACAGAAUUCCCUGUCGUCGCUUCGACCGAACAGACCUGCCCCAACCUUACCAAACAACGCAACGCCCACCACGGCAGCCCCCAGACGAGGAACGCCGCACCCGAGCUUCGAGGUCGAAGAAUCGCUUUUCGUGAGCUCAGAUAACGAACCCGAAGACUACAUCAUGCCUGUCCAGACGCGCCGCAGGGCGUCCACCACCAUCAUCAGUAGUUCUGAUCAAGAAGCGGACGAUACCCCGCCCACAAGCGCCAACCGCAAGAGGGCCGCGCCUUCCUCGGGAGCAGCUAGAGGGACUCCUGCCGCCAACAAGCGACGCAGGACAUCACAGGCUUCGACCACGCGUACCAGAACAACACCAGGCGCCCUCCCAACGCCGGCGCCAAAGGUGGAAGACGACGACGACGUCUUCGGAGACAAACAGGACUCGAAGGGCAAGGAGAAAGAAGCAAAAGAUGAUGAUAUCAUCGACCUCGCGGCCUCUAAUGAGGUGCCGCCAGAGAUGCUGAUCCCGAAGGAGGACAAGAGGGUCAAGUUGUCGGCAUUCCAAUGUGUUAUUUGCAUGGACGACGUCACUGCCUUGACAGUCACGCAUUGCGGUAUGUGGUGGAUUGCUGCUGUGAUUGGGGUUAUCUAA